UUCACAUCGUUUCGGAUAAAGAUGCAGCCAAACGUCUUGCCCCUGCUCCGUUAAUAACCUGAAGAUAGAGGACGAGGAGCGGUUAACAGGUGGCUGUUUACGGGGCACAAACUUUACGCACUGAGUUUCCACAGCGCGCCGCCACGAUGCCGUUACCGUCCGGCGCGCUGUUACUGCUGGCGGCUCUCUUCUCAAGCAUAGACCUGACAGGGGCUGAGGGCUGUGGAGCGUCGUGUGGAAAAUGUGACUGCAGUGGUGUGAAAGGAGCAAAGGGGGACCGUGGAUUUCCUGGCCUUCAAGGUUAUGUGGGAUUCCCAGGUAUGCAGGGACCUGAGGGACCUACUGGACCAAUGGGCUUCAAGGGAGAUGCAGGUGAGGCUGGUCCUACUGGACAUAAAGGAGUGCGGGGUCCUCCUGGUCUGCCAGGUUUCCCAGGAAACUCAGGACUCCCAGGUAUCAAUGGAAACGAUGGUCCACCAGGUUUGCCUGGUAUCCCAGGAUGCAAUGGCACUAAAGGAGAAAGAGGAAUGGAUGGCUCUCCUGGUUUUCCUGGUCUUCAGGGUCCUCCUGGUAUCCCAGGAGUACCUGGAAUGAAGGGUGACCCGGGAGGUGUGCUUGGGGUUGUUCCUUUAAAAGGCGAUAGAGGGUUCUCUGGUACACCUGGACUACCUGGACCACCUGGCCUUCGUGGACCUACCGGACCUCCAGGACCUCGAGGAUAUCAGGGACCCAAAGGUGAUAUUGGCCCCCCUGGACCUCCGGGAGAAAAAGGUGACAAGUUGGCCUUUGUGAGUGAGAAAGGAGAAAAGGGUGAACGAGGACUUAGAGGUCCACCUGGUCCCCCUGGACACCCACAAGAAGUUGAAGGACCACAAACCACAACAUGUUUACCUGGACUACCGGGAUUUCCUGGACCUAAAGGGGACAAAGGAGAAAAUGCCAUUUGCUUACCUCAUCAGAAUGGGAUCAAAGGUGAUCCUGGCCCACCUGGACCAAGAGGCAAACCCGGAAAAGAUGGAGAGGCUGGGCCAAAGGGAGGAAAAGGCUUUGCUGGAGCACCUGGAAACCCUGGUGAACAGGGUGAAAAAGGAGACAGAGGACCCCCUGGUUAUGGUAGUGGUUCACCUGGCCCCCCUGGUCCUCGUGGUCUUCCAGGGUUAGAGGGAGAAAAAGGUUUUGCUGGUCCUCAGGGAGAAGCUGGUCCUCCAGGCCGUCAUAUAGAGGGGCCCCGUGGAGAGAAGGGUGUGAAGGGAGAUGUAGGAGAAAAAGGUGGCAGGGGUAUAGAUGGAGAGUCUCUUCCUGGACAUUCAGGAAAACCAGGACCCCCAGGACCUCCUGGAGAACCUGGAUUACCAAUUGACCCUAAUGAAUGUAACAUUGAGAAGGGAGCUCAGGGCCCAUCUGGACAACCAGGGUUACGAGGGGAAGUGGGACAAAAAGGUGACAAAGGAGACACCUGUGUUAAUUGUAGAUUCAUUACCGCACCUGAAGGGUUUGGCUCCCCAGGCCCUAAAGGAGAUAGAGGACCUCCUGGUCCAGUUGGCAGCAAAGGAGAAAAGGGUAAUCUUGGCCCCCCUGGACAACCAGGAACACCUGGUUUUCAAGGAAAUCCUGGACUGAUGGGAGCACCCGGUGCUAUAGGUGAGCCAGGAGAUAUUUUCAUAGCACCUGGUCUGAAAGGGGAGAAAGGUCUUUCUGGUCGUCCUGGUUUACCAGGACAGCAAGGACUGGAUGGACUGCCAGGAAGAGAUGGUCUACCUGGUCAACCUGGUCUCAAGGGAGAACCUGCUAAAGACGGCAUUAAGGGUGAACGUGGACCAAGCGGAGAGCCUGGUUUAAUUGGACCUUCAGGAGAAAGGGGUCCUCCAGGAUUGCCAAGCUUUGGCCAACCAGGAGAGCCUGGAGAGAAGGGCAGUCAGGGAAGACCAGGACAUCCUGGAGCUCCUGGUCUACCUGGUGCAAAAGGUGAUCCAGGAAUAAGUGUUAGCACUCCUGGACCUCAGGGGACACCUGGACCACGUGGAGGGACUGGCAUACCUGGACUUCAAGGUGACAGAGGCCUGCCAGGAGAUCAAGGGCAGCCAGGUUUCCCUGGAAAUAAGGGUGAACAAGGACCACCUGGAAUUGGAUUUCCUGGCCCAGCUGGUGCUAAAGGAUUCAGUGGAAUUCCAGGUGCCCAAGGUUUACCUGGAGAGCCAGGAAGACCAGGAAAGGAUGGCUUGACUGGAAAUCCUGGUCCACCUGGACAAAAAGGUGAACCAGGACGGGGUCUCCCAGGUCCAAAAGGUUCACAGGGCCAGCCAGGAAUUACUGGUUUCCCAGGAGAGAAGGGUAACCCUGGAUUUCCUGGUAUUCCUGGACGAGAAGGACAGACGGGACCACCUGGGCAUCAGGGUAUUAAAGGUGACAUUGGGCCCCCAGGACCUCCUGGACAGGUUGGUCAAUCAGGUCCUCCUGGAAAAGGCUCUCCUGGAUCUCCUGGACCACAAGGACCACCUGGAGAGACUGGACCACAUGGCAGCGAGGGUGUAAAGGGAGAAAAGGGCUACCCAGGUCCUCCUGGUCUCGACAUGCCGGGGCCUCAAGGAGAGAAGGGAAGUCCUGGAUUGCCCGGAAAACAAGGUUCUAAAGGUCUGCCAGGGCCAUCAGGCCAACCAGGCAGGGAUGGACUAGUUGGACAACAAGGUCCUAAAGGUGAAAUGGGGGUCAUGGGAACACCAGGAACACCAGGAUUUCCUGGACCACCAGGGACAGCUGGAUCUCCUGGCUUGAGGGGGGAUCCUGGUAUUACUGGACCAAGAGGCAAUAUUGGAGAACCUGGACCUAAAGGUGAAAGGGGAGAGCAAGGUCUUCAGGGCCCUCCUGGAAACAUGACUGAUGCUGAAAUGGAGCACAUGAAAGGGGAGAAGGGAGACGCUGGAGAUUCAGGCCCCCCUGGUGACACUGGAGAGAGGGGUUACGAGGGACUUCAAGGUGACCCUGGAAUGCCUGGGAAAGAUGGAGAACAUGGAUUACCUGGACAACCAGGUGACAAAGGAGAUCGUGGUUUACCUGGAGAGCCUGGCACUAUUGGACAACCUGGACAGAAAGGCAAUGCGGGGGAGAUGGGAAUACCAGGUCCUGUCGGUCCAAAGGGUACAAAAGGAGAUGCUGGUACACCAGGACAUCCUGGAUUCAGAGGCACAGAUGGUGAAAAGGGCGACAAGGGAUUACCUGGUGAGCCAGGUAUUGGGGUUCCAGGAUAUCCAGGAGAAAAGGGUCAGAUCGGCCAGCCUGGAUUCCCAGGGUCACGUGGAGAAAAGGGUGAAACGGGUCAAGAAGGAAUGCCUGGCAAGCCUGGACUGGAAGGGCCCAAGGGAGAUCAAGGCAACACUGGGUAUCCAGGUCAAGCAGGUAGACCAGGAGACAGAGGCAGUCCUGGACUUCCUGGGUCUGCAGGAGAGACGGGCACAGAUGGCCGUCCUGGUGAACCUGGCCUGCAGGGGCCUACUGGUGCUCGGGGAGAGAAGGGUGACCCUGGAGAAGAUGGAAUUCCUGGAUCAUCAGGAGAGAGAGGGAACCCAGGUUUACCCGGCCAAGGCUUGCCUGGGCCACCUGGAGCACUUGGUAUCAAAGGUGACAAAGGUAGUCCUGGCAUCCCUGGUACCCCAGGUCAUCCAGGUGUCCCUGGUAUUAAAGGAGACAAAGGACUUCCAGGCCCACAGGGACACCAAGGAGAGACAGGAGAGCAAGGUGGCCCAGGCAUCUCUCUAGAGGGUCCUAAAGGAGACAGGGGAGAGACAGGUCAACCUGGGGAACCAGGACCCACAGGUACACCAGGACCUUCUGGUUUACCUGGCAUAGAUGGCCCAAAGGGUGAGAAAGGUGUUCAAGGUCUUCCUGGUUUCCAGGGAGAGACGGGACGCAAAGGGGACUCUGGAAAUUCUGGAUUGCCUGGACAACCUGGACUUCCUGGUAUCGAUGGCCAGAAGGGAGAGAGAGGAUUACAGGGUGUUCCUGGCUUCCCAGGUACAAAGGGUGAUGUUGGUGACGCAGGAUUCCCAGGAGAUGGGGGUGACAGAGGAUUCCCAGGAGAAAAAGGAAAUGAAGGCCCUCCUGGUCCUCCUGGCCUCCAGAUUUUCAUCAAAGGAGACAUUGGGUUUCCAGGAACUCAAGGCUUCCCGGGACCUCAGGGGCCUCCUGGGCUCCCUGGAACCAAAGGACAGCAAGGUGUGACUGGAAUUGCAGGACCAAAAGGGGAAGAAGGUCUCCAUGGAUAUAAUGGUCAGCCAGGAGCCAAAGGAGAGCCCGGUCUGCCAGGACCACAAGGGCCCAGAGGACUUCCUGGCCCCCCUGGUCCUGAUGGAGUUCCAGGUCAAGUGGGUCCACCAGGCCCGUCAUCAAUGGAGCAUGGUUUCCUGGUAACACGCCACAGUCAAGCAGUGGAUGUUCCAUAUUGUCCUGAAGGGACCAGGCUUAUAUAUGAUGGCUACUCCUUGCUCUAUGUACAAGGCAAUGAAAGGUCUCACGGACAGGACCUUGGUACGGCUGGCAGCUGUCUCCGAAAGUUCAGCCCCAUGCCCUUCCUCUUCUGUAACAUCAACAACGUGUGCAACUUUGCCUCUCGUAAUGAUUACUCCUACUGGCUCACCUCACCAGAACCCAUGCCCAUGAGCAUGGCACCGAUCACUGGGGAAAGCAUUAAACCCUUCAUCAGCAGAUGUGCUGUAUGCGAAGCUCCAGCCAUGGUGAUAGCAGUUCACAGUCAGACCAUCAUAAUCCCAUCUUGCCCCCAAGGCUGGGACUCUCUGUGGAUUGGCUACUCAUUUGUGAUGCACACCAGUGCUGGUGCUGAGGGUUCAGGCCAGGCUUUGGCCUCUCCUGGCUCCUGUCUGGAGGAGUUCCGCAGUGCUCCAUUCAUAGAGUGUCACGGUCGAGGAACUUGUAACUACUAUGCCAACUCCUACAGCUUCUGGCUCGCCACCAUUGAGGACAACGACAUGUUUAAGAAACCUGUUCCGACAACACUAAAAGCAGGCAAUCUCCAAACACACAUAAGCCGCUGCCAGGUGUGCAUGAAGAGGACAUAAACCUUAAUUCUGAGGUCUGACACAUCAGCAACAAAACAUGCAUUGACAUCCCAGACUUGGCUUUACUUCCUGUUUUUAAACGGAUGGUGCUAUUUUCCUGCAUGGCAUGAGAGAAAUAAGGAGAGGGACAAGAGACGUGGGCCGCAAAGCAGCCAGAGAUUUGGACUUUGCAAACCCAAACACAGAGACCAAAUGGCCUUCUUUUCCAUGCAGAAACACACAAUUGCAACAUGUUUCCAAAGAAUGGCACCCAGUUUACUGCUGCACUGAGUUAAUGCCCCUAAAACUGGUAAGCUGGUGUUCAUUUUGAAAGGGCGGUUUGUGUAAGUUAGGUGCUAUUGAAUUAUACUUGUCUGCCUUUUUCUUUUUGCUCUCAUUUUUUUCUCUUUCUUCUCUGUGCCACAUGAUUCAAACAUAUAACUACACAUUAUUAUAGAUGUUCACACAUUAUUAGCUUUUUUUAAACCUACUAAUGAAAAGAAUGGGACUUACCACUGGUUACAGAUCCUUAUUAUUUUCCAAACCAACUUAAUGUUGACACACACUCAUAUAUAUAUAUAUACAUAUGCCAAACACUCUGUUGUAAAUACAAUACAUUCCUUUUUGACAUAGUUCAGCAUACUCUCCUCAGGUUAUUGGUGUAUUACUUUGUGUGUUAUUAAGCCCAGUUUUAUUUAUAAAAUUUAUGAGAAUAUGUUGAACUUGAGUUUAUCUGAAAUUCCAUGUAUCCAAAAGCAAUGUUUCAAUGUGUGACAGCCAUAUUAACAUACAAAACAGCACUGAAAUAGCAUUGGCGGGAGUGUGUGUAAAUGUGUGUGUGUGAGGGGUGUGUGUGUGUGUGUGUAGAUACAAUUAAUGUGUUUGGAUAACUUGGAAAUUGCGUGCCUUGUAAUAUGAUAUAUAUUGUUCCACACUCCUGUUGUUGUUUCUUGUGGAACAAAUGAAUAGACAAAGUAAUCUUUUCUUUCCAUUUAACCACCUGUGCCCCCAUUAAUUUACAAAAUUCUUCUCCUGUUUGAUCCCAAAGAAACGCAUGUUUGUACCAUACGCUUACAUCUCCUUGUAGUUUUUCCAUUUGUGAAUUACUUUUUUUUUUAACCCUGUGAUCAGUGCAAGAAUGUAGUUGCUAUAAAGAGUGAAGUCAAAUACAUUGAUCAUCUUUACAGGUUGAGAAUCUUUAAAGAGUUUAAACAGAGUGUUUGUUUUGUUUAUCUCAUCAUUAUUGGAAUUAGGAGAAAACUCAAGAUGCAGAAUAAGAAUUCUUAUUGCUUUACACUGAUUACAAACUGUUUUUGUUUGUGAGUUAGCAGGGGCCUGUUCCAGAAAGUGGGUUAGGUUGAAACUCUGAGUAUGUUAACCCUGAGUUGGGGAAAACUGGGUUUUCCAUUCUAGAAAGCGAGCUUACCCCAAGUCUGUUACCAUGGUAUCUGACUCUGAAGUAAACCUACUUGCUGGCAAGUUUACCAUAAAGAAACCCUGAGUUUUUACCUGUCUCCUCCCACCUGAAGCAGCUGUCAGACAUGGGUCAUCCAUACCAAUGUGAUUCCAGAGAUUUAGAAGCUGAAUUAAUACACAAUGACUGAUGCAAGGAUUUUUUCAGAACUUGUUAUUUGUUGUUCAGAGCAGACGUGUUAUCAUUUCCUGAUCAAGAUCUCAUCAAACAGUAUAGUUUUGCAGUCACUCAGAUUCUCCAGCUGUACUUAUCCAACAUGACACACCAUGGACAUGAGAUGACGUCACAGCAAGAUUUGUACUUUGAGCUGCGAUACUUUAAAAAAAAAAAAUUGUAAAUGGGAUGUUUCUUUAUAACGGUGUGUCGAGUCAUGAGGAAAUCAUAAUUCCAUAAAUGUGUGUGAUGGGUAGAGAUCUACUGUUGGUCUCUCUGGAUCUCAGCAGACAGUGUCUCCUCACCAUCCUCUUCCUCCCCCAAUCAUGGUUUAGUGCAAUAUCUUUCUAAAAGAUGUCUUUAUACUUCAUUUUCAGUUGCCUCAUGUGUGUUAAUUCCUUGAACCUACCUAAACCUAAGAUUUAUUCUGCCCACCAAUUUACUAACCCACAUGCUACAGUUUUAAUAAAGUUAAAUAUUCAGUCAGUGGACCAGGCAGCAGGUUUCUUCCAUGAUGAUUCUUUCUCAGCAGCAGCAGCAGUAGCAUUCCCUUUUUUUACGACAUAUCUCUUUGCAUUGCCUGUUUGCUUAAUAAAAACAUCUCCCUCCAAUCGGG